AUGAAUCAAAAGUUAUUAGGUUGUUUAGUGUUACUCGGGACCUAUUCUAUAGUGACAUUGGCGUUAUAUUCCUUUAAAUUUGCAUUAGUGAAUGAGACAAUAUCAUAUUAUUGGAGCGCUGUCCUUUUGUUGCCAGUAAUACUGUGGUUAUGGGCUUUAGUUGCAUGGUGUGAAGCUGAAAUGUUAAGUAAUGCCAAAAGAGAAUGGUAA